GAUAUUAUAUCGGUUUCAAGCUAUUUUUGCAUGUUUUCUUCUUUGGUUUUCUUCAAUUUUGCCUAUUUUGAAAGUAACAUAACAUUUUCUAAUAAACAUCUCAUUUGACCAUGGCUUGUAAUCUAUCGCAUCAGUCUACUAGACUGAUUUUUCAAUAGACGCGAAAAUAUACGUGCGACAAAAUCAUGGAGAAAAAAUUUGUUUGCGUUUAGUUAGGGAAUUUUCUGCUGUUACCAACUUCGAAAAUUUAAUAUAAUAAUUUAAUACUAUAACCUCAAAAUACAAAUAAAGUUUAUAAAUGUUUUAGUUCAAUCCAAGUAUUGUAAUACACGAAAAUUGUAGAUGUACAAUAAUAAUAUCAACAACAGUAAUAAUUUCAAUAAAAUUUAUAACAGUUGUAGAUGUGUAAUAUCAAUAGUUAAAAUACGCAGAUAGCACAUAACACAAGUAUAAUAUAUUAUUUUAGCUUAUCUAUCUCGUUGCCUAAUUCAAAAACUUGCUUAUCCUAUUUCUAAUUUCUUUAAAAACAGAAUCAAUAUCAGAUGCGUAAAAUUCUUUAUUUUGUAAAUUCAUUGGUACUUGGUAAAUACCAUUUUUCAAGUUGCAAAAUUUUAAUGAUACUUAAAUAUAAUCUUAUAUUUAAUAUAUACGUAUAUAAAGACGAAUAUUUCUAAUGUUAUUGUUUUAAGGUUACAUUUACCAUGGUUUAGAAUUUGAAAGCUAAGUUGAGAAAUAAGUGGAGACUUUCAAAAUUAGAAUGUUGGCCACAGUAGAAAAUUUACUAACUCAUCUCAUGCAAUCAUUUAUCUCAGUCCAUUAUUAGAGAAUCAUGCUAAUGUGAAAGCCUGAUUUAUUUUAGUGUGGUCAGUUUUGACUGUGUAACCCUUGCGUAUCAAUUUAUAAUUUACAAUUUAAAUUGUAUUCAACAAUUGUCAUUGCAAAAUGGGUCUUGAAAAAGAAGUACCAAUUGAAGAACCAGUACGUCCCGAUGAAUUUAUGAUUAGACCUUGCUAUUUAUAUGAGGCAGAGUUUCAUGAGUGUGAAAGGCCUAAAGGACGUUUUCAUCAGCUAUUUAUUUUUGGAGACUAUCUUGACUGUAAUCAAUGGAAGAGAGAUGCUCAAUUAUGUAAAAAAUGGCAAGAAAAGAAGGAUGAGAAAGCAAGAGCAGAAUUGAUUGAAAGUGAAGAAAAACGUAGAAUUGAGAGAUUAAAACCACAUUAUCAGAAUGAUGUUUGGAAGAAAAGAGAUAAACCACCAGAAAAUUGGAAUGCACCACUGCCCGACUGGAUAGUAGAAAAAAAUAAAAACACUUAUUUAGAUUUAAAAGCUCAAUCCAUUAGAAAUGGAACUGUUAAUGAUAUUGAUAUGAAAGUUUAUGAAUCAGUAACUUGUUCUAUACUGUAAAUUCAGAGUUUGUAUAUUUUCGUAAGGGAUUCGCAAUUGAAACUGUUGUAGUUGUAAAUAAAUAUUAAUUUUCUAUAUUUACAUCAUUACUCACAGUAUAUAAAA